CCUGUCCCCGUCCGGAAAGGUGCUGCAGACGCUGCCGUCCCCUCCCGCCCUUUGUUUCCGCUUCCGGCGCCUGGAGCCCGGAUUUCUCCUGCGGCGGCGGCUGAGGAGCGGGAUGGGGACGCGGCGCUUUCUGGAGGCGGCGGCGGGGCGGAUGGCGGCGGCGUGCCCGGCCCAGGCGCGGUUCUUGCGAUGGACACUCAGCAACAUAGAAGGCAAAAAGACAAACAAUGCAGGCCAAGUGUGCCCUUUCUGUUUCCAGUUUCUUCUUCCUGGUAACCACAGGGUACGUCUAAAGCCCAAAAUGAGAAUAACUCCACAGAUACAGAAAUUACUUCAUCGAGAAGCAAAUAAAUACAAACUCAAUUUCAAGCAAGGAAAGCUGCUGAAGAGAUACAAGGAAUCAAAAAAUGUUCUGCUAAUCACUUGCAAUAUAUGCAAGAAAACAACCAGAUGCAAUGGAAAAAAUAGAAGAUCUUGGACUGUGACAACCUCAGCCUUUGAGACUCCAUCACUUUUUAAGAAAACCACGCCUUCUAGCUGCAGUAACUCAGGAUCUCAAAGAAAGAAACUGUCGCCAGGUUCCAGAACUUCAACACCUGGACAAUCAACACCUCAUUUCUCCUCCAGCAGUCCCAGGAAUGCCAAAGCUAACUUCACUCGAUUGAAGAAACUGCUUCGCCUUGAAGAAAACAAAAAAAAUGAUAAAGGGAACUUCAAGAACUUCUUAACUUCACUGUAAAAUCUUAACACACCAUAAUUGAGGCUGUGAAAAGUGAAGGAAUGGAAUCUGUUCCCAGAAGUGGUACCUUGUUUGUAGGGGGAUCAUUGAUUGGUAGAAGUGCUCACGUUGGGAAUACUGUCGUGUGGUCUGUGUAGAGCUGGCUUGGAAGACUAUUUAUGAAGUGCGACCACAACCAAAUUGGUGCUGCUGAACUGCUAACAGAAUUUCCAGGAAUAUAUUACGCCUGUUUCAUUUUCUGGACCCAGAUAUGGAUUUCUACAUGGUUCUGGAUCUGCGGUAUUUCAAGAUCUUCUCCCACAGAGCCGAUUGCUUAUGGAGACCCUGCCCACCCCAGAGAUUCUGCUGGGCCUCAUCCCUUCUCAAAGAUCUUUUGCUUGUGGCCAAAGAGGCUCCCUUUUUUCUUAGGGUGCCUUUGGCAUUUCAGUGGCUGCCCAUACUGCGUCUGGAACCAGAUGUGUAAUUUCGGGCCAAGCGGCAUGUGGCUUCGGGGUCCAGGAUCCGUUCCCCUAAUGUGUGGUUGAUGGCCAAAAGACAGCCACUGGGGAGGCAGAGAAUGUGGACUGGGCAGCAGCAUGAGGAAGUGUCUUUGAAUUCGUCCAGGUUUUGUAUUUAACUGAAAUAGAAUAACUGCUGAUCUCUUCAGUGAGCUUCACUUGCAGCCAUAACAGUGUAACUAUUUGGGAUAAACUAAAGAAUGGCAAUUAGCAGCAACCUGAGUCCUGUCGUGUAACACCGCAGCUCUGUAGUUCUAUGAUAAAGUCAUAACUGGGUGAGGACAAGUAUCCAAGCGAACCAUUGCCAUUUGGGCACAUAGGAGAGCAGCUUUGUUCCUGAUGGAGCUGGGAAUAGUGGAGAGUGGGGGUGUGUGUGCUGCUUUUCCAGUUGAAGCUGUACUUAAAAAUACAUCCGUUCUCAGAACAUUGAGUUAAUACGGUGUUUUUUCUUUGAAUGGUGUCUGCCACUUGGAAAUAUUGACUAUAUUCUUCACAGACUGUAUCUAGCGUGUUCAAAGUACAGUUGGCCUUUGAUUGCUGGGUGGGGGUGGGCAGUGGGGGAGAGGAGCAAGUGCAAUGCAAUAAAACAGCACAGUAAA